AUGCCCUCAACCUCAACUGCCUCGGUUGAGGGUUUUGGUGACCACUGCUUCAAAGGAGCUGUUGCAAAGAAGUAUCUCUCCAAGUAUGGUGAGACCGACAAACUCCUCACGGACGUGUCCUGGCCUAGCCAGCCUGGAAAGGCUGACAUCGUUGCCAAAGCGGUUCUGGACUGGGCAGUUGACAAUGGGGCAUCAGUAUACUGCCACUGGUUUCAGCCGAUGGCGUCAUCUGGUGUUCGCCACGGCCUGUCUGCCCAAGUUCAUCAGACAAUGUUUGAGUUCGACAAGGACGGCAAACCUUUCUUCAAGUUCACCGGCGAGGCUCUGCUCCAGGGCGAAACCGAUGGUUCUUCUUAUCCGAACGGUGGCAUGCGAGCUACUCACCGUGCUGGUGGAUACCUUUCGAUUGACCCGCUCUCUCCUAUAUUCUUAAGAGAAGACACUGUGUUUAUACCUGCCGCUUUUGUAUCGUAUAACGGAGAUGCACUUGAUGAGAAAACGCCAUUGCAUCGCGCGGUCGAGGCUAUGUCUAAAGAAGGAACGCGUCUUCUCAAGCUGCUCGGGUACGAGGUCGACGGUCUGAUCAACAACAUCGGCUUAGAACAGGAAAUCUUCCUUGUCCCUCGUCACGCAUUCUACCGUCGCCCUGACCUUCAGUUCACCGGUCGUACCAUUAUGGGAAAGGCUUCCGCCCGCGGCCAGGAAAUGAGCGAUCAUUACAUGGCCCCCAUUUCCCGCGCAACGACUGCGUUUGAUUGCAUGCGUCAAAUCCAAAUGGAAUGUUUCAAGGUGGGCAUCCCAUUGAAGACUCGCCACCGCGAGGUCGCUCCAAAUCAAUAUGAAUUUGCUCCGCUUUUCGGGAAUGUAAUCAAUCAAACAGAUCAGAACCUGAUGGUCAUGCAGAUCAUCGAAGAGGUCGCAUCAGAGAACGGCCUCGCUGCACUGCUCCAGGAAAAGCCAUUUGCUGGAAUCAACGGUUCCGGGAAACAUAACAACUGGUCCAUCGGCACCACUGAUGGCGUAAAUCUGCUCAACCCUAAGCAGAUAAACGCGGCCUCGAAAAAUGCCGAAAUUUUUCCCAUCAUCAUGGCCGCAAUUGUUUCCGCCAUCGACAAGCAUGGAGAUCUCAUGCGGCUUGCUAUUGCUUCCCCGGGGAACGAUUUCCGCCUUGGAGCAAUGGAAGCACCGCCUGCAGUUAUUUCAACUUAUCUCGGCGAUGACAUGACAAACUAUCUCAUGGCUUUCAUGGACAGCGGAAAUGUUGAAGCCUACGUCCCUUCCAAAAAGAAGCUCGCUUUCGGGGCUAACUCGAUUUCAGAAAUUGAAGUCCCCGCAGAAGACCGCAACCGCACAUCUCCGUUCCCGUAUGGCGGGGCACGCUUUGAGUUUCGCGCCGCUGGCUCAUCUCAAAAUGUGUCUCUCAUCAACACCGUUCUCAACACAAUUACUGCCGAAGCCUUUGCCAUCGUAGCCGACCGCAUCGAGGCUGGUGAAACUCCUACGGCCGUUGCACAGGAUCUUCUGAAAGCGCACUCAAAGGUCAUCUUCAACGGCAACGGAUAUGAUCCUGAAUGGCCGGAUACGGCUGUUGAGAAGGGAAUCUGGCGGAUCGACUCUGGCGUGGAGGCUAUCAAAAAGUUCACCGAUUCCAAAAACACCGAGUUGUUUGAGAAGAUGGGAGUCUUUACUCCACGCGAGUGCGAGGCUCGCCGAGCUAUCCUCCUCGAUCACUACAUUGGCACUGUAGAAAUGGAGGCGUUGACAAUGGUUGACAUGAUUAACCAGCACGUGAUUCCGUCGUGCAAGAAGGCAGAGCUCGGUUUUGUGAAGAAACUCGAAGAUGCUGUGAAAACCCUCACUAAGGCUGUCGAUGAAAUGCACGCAGCAGCGGACGAAGCCGAGGCUGCUUCCCUUGCGCGCGUGCUUCGCCUGGAUACCAUGAUCAAGAUUCGUGAAGUUUGUGAUGAAGCUGAGGGGUUAUGCCCUCCCUCACUCUGGACUCUUGCAAGCUACUCUGAACUAUUAUUCCUCGACACCUACCCAGAGGGCGAUCUUCUUCUCUAA